AUGGAUGGUAAUUCAAUUUUCAAAAUUUUGAGUGACUUUUCAAAUUCAUACGUAGAAAAAAUUCAGAAAAACAAAAAUGAUAACGACACUAACACAUCAUUACUUUGCAACCGAAAGGAAGCAGCGUUACAUAAUAGCAAGGUUAACAUUGAAAAUUUAUACAUAAAAAAUGAAUACAAUUGUUUAUCAAAGCAAGAUAUGUUUAAUAAACACACAGCAGUGGAACCCUUAAAGUCAAACAUUUCUAAUAAUCUGGAGAAACCUGAAGGGCAGAGUGGCAAAAAAUUGGGAUCUCAUUAUGUAGAAGACACAAGUGGGCACAAAUUGAGACAAAAAAUGGCCUCUAAAAUGAGGCAUGUAGCAAGGAAAGGGGUCGAGCAAAUGGGGCGAGAAAAUGUUAAGCAAAAUGUUAAGGAAAAGAUGGAGCAAAAAAUACGAUCAAAUGCAGCACAAAAAAUGGUCAGCCAAAAAAUGCGACAACAUGCAUCAGAGAAAACGGGGAAGGACAAUGUAAUGCUCUGCGUGGAACCAAAAGACGAGACACAUGUAAAUGAACAAAACAAAGACACAGAUGAAGAAAAAUACCUGUGCAGCCCCAAUUGUUCCGCUGAAUGGUAUGAAAAAAAUAUGUACAGUAAUUAUUAUCUUCUGAACAAAAGCUGUUCAUAUCUAAAAUCUAAAUGUGUUAGAGAAACAAUUUUCGAUUCAUGUAGAAUAAGGGGAGGGAAAAGAAUCAUAGAAAACAACUUAGUAAAUGUUUAUAACAAAAAUGAUGUGAAAAAUAGUUACACAUGUGUCCAGAAUUAUCCUUAUGAUAGCACAAAAAUGAGUGAAAAAAGAUCGUUUCAUUUCAAAAUGAAUAAAGAAAAAAAUACCUUUUUAGGAAAAUCUAAUGAUAAGAUAUACUCGGAUAUAUUACUAUAUAGUAAUGAAUAUGAUGAUGGUAAAUAUCCAGAUAAACUGGAGAUACAUGAAUUUGGAAAAUGUACAUAUGAUAUAUUAAAUGAAUGUGAAUGCAAAAAUAGCUCCAAAUACACGGACAAAACAAUAUGUGAUGAACAUGAUGGAUCAUUUCUAGAAAUAAAAGAAUUUUCUGAAAAUGAAAAAAGAGUGAACAUUUCAGACAUAAAUAAUUUUAAUAUGACAACGUACUUGGAUAAAUACGAUAGAGAAAGUUAUUUUGAACUAAAUAAACCAUUAUCAAAUAAUACAUCUCAGUUAAUGAAAAUAAAACUUUUAACAAAUAAAAAAAAAAAUUCAUCGCACGGAAAGAAUGGAAGGUCUCCAUUUUCUGAUUAUAAAAAUAGGAACACAUUUGUAAAAUUUCUCAUGGCUGAAAUAAAGAUAGAAGUAAAGCUAUAUAAGUUAAUUUUAUUUGUGUUCAUUUUAAUAGUAUUGUCAUUAUUUAAAGAUAUGUCUAAUUACAUAGUUAUUACUAGAAAAUGCUAUAAUAUAUAUGAAAAUCCAAUAAAAUCAAUUAAAAGAGUAUUAAAAUACAUAAUUAUUGCUUUAAAAAUUGGAUAUAAAUUUAGUUCACCACUUAUUCUCUAUAUGCUAUCAUUUUUUUGUGUCAUCAUUUUACGAAUUUUUAUGCUUCUAAAUAUCCCCAUUCUCCUUUUGUUACUCUAUUGCAAAUAUCAUUUGAAAAAUGAGCAACCUACUCUUAAGCUAUACUUCAUUUUUCUUCUCAAUAUGUACAAGUAUGUUGUUUUCCAGUUUGUUCAAAUUUUAAAGAAUUAUUUCAAUCCAAGUUAUUUAAAUGGUUUUAUGUCCUUUAUUUGUGUCUCAUUUCGUGUCAUUUUUAUUUACAUAUAUAAAAUUAUACAUAAAAUUUACAUUCAUAAGGUCUGCUAA